AUGACAGCAAAUCAUACCACCGCCGUAUCCGCCCCAGGCAAAGUGCUAUUAGCUGGUGGCUAUCUUGUACUUGACCCAUCGUACCAUGGCCUCGUCGUUGGAACCACUUCGCGAUUCUACACAGUCAUACAACCAGGCAAGGAGGGAACCAUUCACGUCAAAUCGCCACAAUUCGAAUCGGAUGCGACUUGGACUUGGACAGCAUCAGUGAACAAUGGCAAUCUCGACUUUGCUGCAACGGAUGCUGUAUCGGCAAAGAACAAGUUUGUGGAAACAUGCCUUCGAUUCAGCUUGCAAGUGAUUCAACAACGUAUGGGGACAGCCGUAUUGAACGACUAUUUGCAACAAGGCUUUGAGAUUACGAUUGUAGGCGACAAUGAUUUCUAUUCACAACGUGCACAGUUAUCGAAACGUCAAUUACCAAAUACGGCCGAAGCACUUGCAUCCCUGGAACCAUUUUGCAACACACACAGCACUUUGGGAUCGGUCCAUAAGACAGGAUUGGGCAGCUCAGCAGCCUUGACAACUUCGCUUGUUGGUGCCUUGUUUACCCAUUUCGGUGCUGCUUCUCUCGCCAAUGCUGAUGAUAAGGUGUUGAUCCAUAACGUGGCCCAAUUUAUUCAUUGUUUCGCCCAAGGCAAGGUCGGCAGUGGAUUUGAUGUAUCGGCAGCUGUAUGGGGUAACCAUCGAUAUACACGUUUCAAUCCUAGCUUUUUGAGCUCUAUCAUGAAUGAUAAUGUCGAUCCAUCCGAAUUGAACAAGGCCCUUGAUCCUUCCAUCACCAGUUGGGACAAUGUAGUGACACCAUUCCAAUUACCACCAAAGUUUGAAUUGAUGCUUGGCGAUGUGGAUGCAGGAAGUCAUACACCUAGUUUGGUUGGCAAGGUUCUUGCAUGGCGUAAAUCCAAGCCUGAAGAAGCCAACGCAUUAUGGAAUGAAUUGGGUGGAAUGAAUGCAAAGGUGGAAGAGCAUCUCCGUGAACUUUCUACCAUGGCAUCGGCGGAUUCAGCAGCAUAUCAUGCAGCUCUUGAAAAAUGCUCCAAAGCAAAGGCGAGCGAGUGGGACAAGUUGGAUGAUGGAUCGCCUAUUGUUCAAAAGAUGAACCAGCUCGCUACCGACUUUUUAAAGGUCCGUGCACAUUUGCAAGAAAUGGGCACCCUCUCGGAUGUACCAAUUGAGCCCAAAGAGCAAACCCGUCUUCUUGAUGCAUGCAUGGAUAUUGAAGGUGUUGUGAUGGCUGGUGUCCCAGGUGCUGGUGGAUACGAUGCCAUUUUCUGUAUAGUCAUUUCUGAAGAUGCCAAGCUUCGAGUGCGAUCCUUAUGGCAAAGCUGGAAGGAGCUUAAUGUGGGACCCUUGUUGGCACAAGCAGACGAUAAAGGCAUGGAAGCUGUUGCUCUCGAAUCGGUGGAUGGCUUGGCCCGUUUAUUGUAG